UUCGCACCGCACCGCGGGUCGGGGAGAGGCGCUCAGUCCAUUCAACCCAUUCACUCACUCACUCGUCAUUCAUUGAUUCGAUUCGUUUCCCAUCUCUCAAUCUGUGGGAGCAGUCUGUAGAUUAGACAAGAGUCGCUGGGACACCGGGCAUCGAAUGAGAUUUCCACAGGAGGUUGAUGACAAAAUGAACGCGGAUACAGAAGGCGCAGAUUAUGAGAAUCAUGAGGAGGUGGAGGAGAAAACGAGGUUAAUUAACCAGGUUCUGGAACUGCAGCACACACUGGAAGAUCUCUCAGCCAGAGUCGAUGCUGUCAAAGAGGAGAACCUGAAACUCAAGUCCGAGAAUCAAGUGCUCGGACAGUACAUCGAAAACCUCAUGUCAGCCUCCAGCGUCUUCCAAACCACAGACUCCAAGAACAAGAGAAAACCAACCAAAAGCUCCAAGAAGACAGACAAAUAGUAAUAAUAACUAUUUAUGUAUGUUAGAAAGCCUGGGAGUGGAGCCAGGCCAGUGUCGCAGAGUAACACUGUUAGAAUCAAUAGCUUAAUGUCUUGAACCGAGUUGCAAAACCUUUUUGUAUUAAGUUUAUUUAAUUCUGGCUUAAUAAAACCCUAACUUUCAC